AUGAGCUCCACCUCGCCUGCUGCCCCUCCGCCCGCUGCGGCCCUGCGGCUUGUGGACGACAUGAUCCGCUCCGGCCGCUACAAGUUGCUGCUGGACGCCGUGAAGGGAUUCCGCAACGGUUUUGUCUACGGCGCCCGCAUUCGGGCCCCGCACGCGCUGGUGUUAAAUAUCGUCUGGACGCACGCCCCGCUCGCCGUCAUUCUCCGCCGCGUCUUCACCGCCACCCGCCGCCACGCCGUUGCGCUCGGGGCGACGGGCCUCACCGUCUCGCUGCUCCGCGGGCUCCUCGCGCGGCUCGAGGGCGGCCAGCGGGUGUGGCACUCCGCCCUCGCCGGCUUUAUUGUCGGCUGCGCCUUCUGGGGCGAACAGACACCCGUCGCUGUGCAGAUGGCACUCUACAUUCUCUCACGCAUUAUAAGCGCUGGCGUGUGCAUCCUCGCUGAAAGGCACAACAUUAAGUUAACACCAACCGCAUUUCGCUUAUGCUCCGGGGUACUCUGGAUGAUCGUCAUGCCAUUGUUCUUCUUUCAUGGAGAGGCGUUGCAACCGUCUAUGCGAACUUCCAUGAAGUAUAUUUAUCAGGAUAAUGAAAAAUACACAAGCUGGUAUGAUCUCAUCUGCGUCAACAGUGAGACAUCUUUUUGA